GCACCCACGGCAGCGGCCAGAGCGGGGACACCCCCGAGCAGCCCGUUCCCCCGGGCCGGCCGCUCUCACCUGUUCUGGGGCCGGAUGCCCAGCAGCUGCUGCAUCAUGCGCCGCAAGCACAUCACUGGUGGCAUCACAUCCCUCCAGCCCUGGAAUGAUGGAUAGAGCAGAUUCACUGUGGAUCACUGCCUGCCCACAGCUGCACAGCAGUGAUUGCUGCAGGAGCAGGGAGAUGAUGGCAAAUUGCUCCAGACUGCGAAAGAGAACAGGAUUUGAGCUGAUCCUCCUGGGGCAGGAGAGGCAGCGGAUGCAACAACAAUCGGGGGCAUGUGAUGGAUCACCUGGAGCAGGACACUCCUGAUUCCUUUUCCCCAGCUAGCACUGUGAUUUGGAGGGUGACUUUGAAUAGGCACUGGCACAAGGGUGGUCACGGACACAGACAGUGUGUGCAUCACCCAUACAGGUGAUCGCAGGGUGCACUAUGGUGGCAGGUGAUCACAUUAUUAGGCAUGUAAAUGGCUGAAUACCAGAGAAGAUACUUAAUCUUGGCAAAGGCAAAGGAGAUGGACCUCCUAAGACAUUUGGAUGUGCUCCUAAGAAAUAUAAGGAAAGGUGGUCCCAGAGGGCUGACUGAAGACCUUGUCUUCUCCAGGCAGUGAAAUAGCAGAUGAAAUUGCAUAAAACAAACAUAACAUGAUCCAUUGGGGAAACCACAAUAGUCAUUUUAGAUAGGCAGCAGUGGGCUCUAUGUUGGCUAAUGCCACUUAGGAAUAAUCAAUCUCUAACAGAGUACAGUAGACCCAAAAAAACCCCCAAACCUAAACCACAGAGAAGGUCAGCAAGGAUGAGCCAAGGUCCAGCCUGGCUGCUACAUGAAGAAUAACUACACAGACUGCGACUCUUCAGCCUGGGAGAAUGAACUGAGGUGCCAUGACUGAGGCAUACACAGCUGUAAGGGACGAGGAGAACAAGACCAGGGGCAUCGAGUGAAAUUAGCAGGAGAGGGGCUUGUGCAACCUCUGGUGCUGCCAGCACCACUUCCCCUGGGGCCCUCGUGAUGCCUGGCCCAGCUGGUGGGGACUUCUUGGAGGAGGAGGCAGGUUCUACGUGCCUACCCACAGAGCAGCGCUGGGCCCAACAUGAGCCUUUCUGUCCGUGGCUCCUGGGAGAGAGGUGCCGCCGCCGCGUCCCGGGGAGAGGAGCCGUCGCGGGUCUGGCCGGCGGCCGCCCAGGCCAGGAAGGAGCCGCCGGAGAAGCGAUGCAGGAAGCCAUUACCAUCACUGAGCAGCCAGUCUCCAUCUCUGUCCCAGUGGGAUACUCCUUCACACUGCGGUGCCGAGCCAAGGGAAGCACCUUGCUGCAGUACCAGUGGUUUUGUCAGCACCAGUCUGACUGCCACCAGAUUCCUGGAGCAACCAACCCAGACUUGCCCAUUAUUGCAGAGCAGACCCAGCUCUACACCUGCAGAGUCAAUGACCUCUACAGAAAUGCUGUCUUCUCUGACUGGGUGAAGGUGGAGGUCCAUCAGUGUGUCGCCAGAGGUUUGCCCCCUCGGCUGUGGCGAGGAGAGCCCGUCAUCAUCCUCAACCCCAUGGAGCAGAGGGUGGAGGUGGGGAAGCCACUGCAGCUGCAGUGUGCUGCCAUGGGGGUCCCAGCCCCCUGCUACCAGUGGUACAGGAAUGGGAACCUGCUGGAACAGCACAAGAGAAAAAAACUCUGGAUCACCCAUGCCAAGGUCAGUGACUCAGGCACGUACCUCUGCUGUGCCUCCAACAGUCACGGAGAGCACUGGACCAACGCUGUGGACGUUCACGUAGGUACAUGUGUCUCUGAAAAGUUUUUUGCUACAGGCAAAAUAGCACUUUUAGUGGGCAACAACCACUACCAGCAUCAUCCCAACCUCAUGGCUCCUGUCAAGGAUGUGUUUGAGCUGAGUCGUCUUCUGGAACAGCUGGGCUUCCAGGUUGUCUCCCUCCUGGAUCUGAACAAGGCUGAGAUGGCGACAGCGGUCAGUCAGUUCCUGCAGCUCCUGGAAAAGGGAGUCUAUGCUAUAUUCUACUAUGCCGGGCAUGGGUACGAACAUCUGGGGAGGAACUACAUGGUCCCUGUUGAUGCCCCCCAGCCCUACUCCCCUGAGAACUGCAUCAGUGUGCAGAGGAUCCUCCAGAAGAUGCAGCAGCAGCAGACAGCCCUGAACAUCAUCUUGCUGGACACCUGCAGGAAGUGGUACAACCCAGGACGUGCCCUCUCCCAGGUGCAGCCGCUGGAGCCCUGGGGAAAUACUGUCUAUGGCUAUGCCACGAGUGAAGAUGCAGAAGCCUAUGAACUGCAGGAUGGGGAGUUCAGCUCUGGGAUCUUCAUGAAAUACCUGAAGAAACACAUUCUGAAAGAGAAGAAGGUUACACACAUGUUGGAGGAUGUGUUGGAAGACAUUGGCCGGGAUCCCCUGGUAACUGGGAAGCAGGUGAUGGAGAUCAAACACACCCUGAAGGAAGCCCGGUCCCUGACAGACCCCAUCUGUCCCUCCGGCGCAGGUGCCGAGCGCUGGGGACACAGCCACGAGCCGCUGAGCAGAACACUGACCUUCCCCUGUGGGGCCCGGGCAGAGCUCCGCUUCCUGCGGCUCUUCUCCAACCUGAUGUCCGUGUGUGCAAAGCUGCAGGCCCCCCCGGCCCAUGUCACUGCCACUCGCCUCCUGCUCUGCCAGCCCCCGGAGAUGGAGGCCGUGGCCAUGCAGAGGGAGAGCCGUCUGGACCAUGUGGAGACUCUGCUCGCCUCCGUGUACAAGCGGGAGGAGCUGGACUGCGUCUUCCAGCUCUGCGGACUUCAGAAAAUUCAGCAUCCAGGACAGACAAGUCAUCCCAGGAUCACCGUGUGUCUCUUGGCCACGUCCUUCCUGAUCUGCAGCCUUGGGCUCCACAGCUCUCUGUGCUGGCUGGAAGGGUGGGAAGGAAGGAGCACCCAGGCAACAGCAGGAAAUGCUGCUGCUUCCCAGUGCUGCAGCACUGAGUGUUGAGCCCAUUUCUCUGCUGCGCUGCCGUGAGUCAAGAUGAGUUCAACCUUUGGAAAAUUGUUUCUUGAAGGCCAGAGACAUUUGUUUGUCCUGUAGUUAAACAUCUUUCACUGACACAUCGGAGCCACCACAGCCCAUCGUUUAGUGUCCUGAGUGACAGCCCAGUGUAACUGAGGGCCUGUGGAUAUCUAACAGGAUAAAAAAGGACACAAAAAUGCUCUAAUGUUCACAGUUAAUGGGGUCAAUGGAGGCCCACGAUGGAAAACUUCAUUUUCAGAUGACUUUUGACUGUUCUAUUACAGUGCUUUCUCAACACAGUCCCUCGUGGUUU